AACCCUAAAUACCCCUGUAGAUAUGUCAAACAGGGGAGUGGAGGGAGGAAGAGGGUAGAGACACCGUGUUGUGGCGGGCUGGUGCGGGGGUGGACAGGCAGAGGCAUUUUUCCUUCAAUAUUUCUCUAUGGGUGCCUGAGUGUGGCCUAGGAUGGGAGCCGGCUGGAGCGAGUUCGGUGUGGAGGGCGUGCCGCUGGAGCUGGUGUACCGUGUGUUGAGGCACGCUUCGCUCCGGGACCUCACCACGCUGCUGGCCACUAGUUCCUACCUUAAGAGCCUCAUUGAAGAGUCUCCCCUCCUCUGGUCCCGCGUACACACCAAGGAGCUUUGGCCCAACACGAAGACUGCACGCUGGUUCCGGAGGGCGGCGCACUGCGGGAACGUGGAGGCCUGCAUCAAGCUCCUGGUGGCACUGCUCUACAAUGAGGGAGCUGUACCAGAGUGGGAUGGGGAGCUGGCCGUCACCCUGCUGGAGAGCCUGGAGACGGGGGGCAGCCUGGGGCCUCGCUCACAGCUCUGGGUCCUCUAUCGGCCGCCCUGGGGAGACAAUUGUUGCAAGCAUGACGUUUUUGCCCGAGUUGCUCUUAUUGCCCAGCUGAAGGAGGCGUCGUGGGCCAUCCGCGCCCUGAACCGAAUCUCCGAGGUUGUUCCCGAUGGCGCAGACCACUCCUACGCCCUGGAGGUCAACUGGGUGAAGAGGGCCACAGAGGACGGGGACAUACACGCCCGUCUCAUGCAUUGGCGGAAGCGCUACGAGAAGAGGCACCACGAAGGUCAGUUAGACCCUGGUACAGAGCUGCAGGCCAUCAGGGACAUGCGGGAGAUGUGCCUCACUGGUUACUACCCUGCGGCGCGCACCCUCGCACUCUUCCUGGCCACGUCACGGUGUCCUCAAAUCCAGGGUCUGCCAGAGAUCCGAGAGUUUGUCCAGAGCAGCCCUCCCUCCCGCACCUACUCCGCCCUGGCCUACCAGCAGCACAUCUCCCCCCACAUGCAUCACGUGCUGGUGGAUUGGCUCUGUCAGGUUGCCAACAUACGACUCCAAGGCUCGGAGGUCCUGCACACUGCCACACAGAUCGUGGAUGCGUACCUGAGCAUGGAGCAGGUGACGAGCAAUCAGCUACAACUCAUUGGCAUCACAGCGGUUCUCUUGGCCACCAGGUUCAUGCCGGGCGCGUCCAUCAUGACAGUGACCGGGGCAUGCGUGGUGACCGACGACACCUACUGCCCCAGCCACGUCGUGCGCACCAUUGGACACAUCAUGGCAGCACUCAGGGCCAAUGUGGCACUCCCGACAAUCCUGGACUACGUGACCGUGCUACUCAAGUGUGUGAGGGCGCCACCGGUCACACAGGAGUGGACCAAGCUCGUCGCGGACCUGGCCACCACCUGCGCCUUCCCUCCUAAGACCACACUCGCUCAGAUUGCUGCCUCGUGUGUCAUGCUGGGCUUCAUCCUGGCCCGGCUGCCCUGGCCCAACCUGCAGCCCAUCACCGGCUUCACCCACGCCAUGCUGGUCCAGCCCCUCGUCAUUGUCUACAGCAAGAACUUUGCGGCGGAGAGCAGCAAGUGUCAGCGGCGAGGCAUCUUCGACCGGUACAGCCAGACCUCCUUCAGCCCGGAGCAGGUUGGUCGCCAGGCCGUGCCAGGUCUGGAGGAGGUGCUGCAGGUGCUGUCCCUCUCCAUGGACGAGUAUCUGGAGAUCUUGACCGGAAACCUUCUUUACACAGAUGAUGUUGACCUGAAAACCGGAGCCUCAAGGUGUAGUGUGAGGACCUCCCCGCCCAGUGAAGCAGCCCGGCCCUCCCUGCACCACGCUGGGCCUCACCACAUACCUCCAAGGCUGGCCAAAGAGGACGAAGGGAGACUCAGCCCAGAGAUGCCGGGGGAUGCAGAGGGUGCCAGCAGUGAGGGCAGUGGCAUGGAUGGACAGUGGAGGGGCAGUGAACCCUCGAAGGGCGGGCACAGCAGCAGCAUAGAGUGCAGUGACAGUGAAUCAGGGAGUGCCAGUGUGUCGCCUGUCCGGGAAAACACUCACUUAAGGACUAGUAGACCUAUGAAUGAAGCCUCUGUGCCAUCCUCCAGGCAGGCCUGUGCACCCGGUGACAGUUGGAGGGCCCCAAGUGCUCUCAUUCAGUGCCAGCAAGAUCAGGCAGGAGCCAUGUUACCUCCUACCCACCACAGAUACUUAGAACUGCCUGAGCACAAUGUGAUACCAAGGGAACCAGGCGGAGAGAACCUCAGCGAGACCACAGACAGUGAGGAGAGCGCUGACCUGCUCCCUGAAGCUUGUGAGGGUCCAGGAGCCAGGUUUGCGAGGGUUAACCUAAAGCGUAAACUGGAAAAUGCCUCAGAGUGUGAGAGAUCGGAAAAAUACCUCAUACGCGACGUGAAUAACUUGCAGCUUGGGUGAGGAGUAAUGUUUUGAUUAUUAUCUUGAUUUCUAAGUUUCUGAUGUGAAGGAGGGAGUCUUCCAGCUAGUGUGUGUGUCUAUCCCUCCAAGGCUAGUGGCAGGAGGUGGGUGUGCGCCUCGUGGCCUGCCUCACAAACACCUCACAACACAUCCGUAAUGAAGACCACAACACACUUCUUGGAUCAUGGAGCUCAACUUUGUUUUGAAGGGACAUAAAAAGAUGUAUUUGAUUUGGAUGUACUGCAUAUACUUGUGAAGAGUUUAUCAUUCCUCCCAAGGUCACAAUACGGUUAAUUGAGGAGUAUAUUUGACGUCCAAAGAAAGGAAUAUCCAUGUAAAACUCAACCCCAGGAGUACAUAUGACCUCAAGGAAAGGAGUACCCAUGCAAAACUCAACCCCCUCAAUUUGACCUUAAGAAAAAUAAAUAAUAAUCAGUAUACAGAUCUUACUUUUAACGUGAGUAUAUACAGCUUUCCUUUAUUCAUUUAUAUUAGUUACCGUACCAUGGCUUCACACAGCAGGACAGGAUGAGUCUACUUGGCAAUGAGUGUUAAGAGUGAUGGGAAGUCAUACCAAGGUGACCCCCGACACUCACACUGACCCAACCACAGCAAUCAUUCAUGAUAGUCAUCUUCCCCUAUUUUGAUAUGUUAAACCGGUAUAUAAUAAACGAUUAAACAUG